AUGGGUGUCAAGCGCAUUAUCGGCAAGCAGGAUGAACGCCGUAAGGCAGAGGCCGUCAAGAAGGCCGAAGAGGAGAAGAGGAAGAAGGAGAAGCAGGCAAUCCGUGAAGUACCGCAGAUGCCCUCUUCUAUGUUCUUCGAGCAUAACGAGGCUCUCGUUCCUCCUUACAAUGUCCUGGUGGAUACCAACUUCCUGUCUAGGACAGUUGGUGCUAAGCUUCCUCUUCUCGAGAGUGCAAUGGACUGCCUUUAUGCUUCAGUCAACAUUAUCAUCACAUCCUGCGUUAUGGCCGAGUUGGAAAAGCUUGGCCCCAGGUAUCGCGUUGCGUUGAUGAUUGCCCGCGAUGAACGGUGGCAGCGUCUUACUUGCGAUCAUAAAGGCACAUAUGCUGAUGACUGCAUUGUCGACCGAGUCCAGAAGCACCGUAUCUACAUUGUUGCCACCAACGAUCGCGACUUGAAGAGGAGAAUCCGCAAGAUCCCCGGUGUGCCGAUUAUGAGCGUCCAAAAGGGCAAAUAUGCCAUCGAGCGUCUACCCGGUGCCCCUGCAUCCUGA